AAACGUAAGAACCAAACUUUAGCAAGAAUUUGCAGCUAAUUGUCAGAAAACUAAGCACUUCAAAAUUAUAUAGUCAAUUAUUUGCCAGUUUUCAUAACCCGGUAACAUGAUGGGAAACGGACUUUUCUGGUCCACAUUCACAGCAUUGUUUCUGCUUUCGGCCUAUAGCCUAACAGCAUCUGCUCAGAACUAUCGAAUGUGCGAUGGGAAUCGAACUGGUACUUUUGCAGAUCCUUCUGACUGUCGAUUUUUCAUUUUCUGUCUUAAUGGCCAGCCCAAACGUUACCAGUGCCACAAUCAACAAAUAUAUUCAACCAAAACGAAAACCUGUGUGUCUGCAAACGAAGCCAUUGGAGAAUGCACCAGUGUGUUCAAACGAACGACUGAAGUUAGUAACCCAGAAGAAUAUUGCCGUAACAAUCCACAUGCAUUCUUGCCGCAUCCCGACAGCUGCGCCCUCUACUACAACUGUAGUCAAACCAGAAGUGUCCAGUUGUUUCUUGACACUUAUGUAAACGAAUGUCCUUACAUGCAAUUGUUCUCUGAGAAAACCCUAAGCUGCCAACAUUAUAGCAGAGUUCGGUGCGACCAAAGAAAAGAACCGAAAGAUGUGUGUGACUAUAGACGUUUCUGGUGCGGUAGUGCCCAUUGUAUCCCGUGCUUUAUAAGAUACCCGAGCUGCAACGGCAAACCCAACGGUAGGAACGCAAUUCCUCAUCUUCGGUGGGCAUCUUCUUUCAUUGUGUGCCAGGAUGACCGACUAUUGACGUCAGCUGAGUGUCCAUCAACGAACGGAAGACCGACUGUUUUUUCUCCUUAUCAAAGGGAUUGUGUUAGUGUGUAUUCUAUGCCUUCAGUCUUUGGUCGAAAACCUAUUUCCUGCUCAAACAAACAAAAUGGAUUCUACGCAGACGUUUCAAGUUGCACACGUUUCUAUGAGUGUUCAAACCAAAAAAUUAUUAACAAAUUCAAUUGCCAAUCAAACAUGAUCUUUGAUGAACAGAUAUCGACAUGUAUGCACCCCGAACAAAGUUGCUCUAAAUGUGGCACAAAGUCCAAUUGCUGAGAUUUUUCUUUAAAUGCCAUACAUAACUAUAUAACACAUUGUAUAUGUUUGGAAAACAAACAUAUACAAAAAGACUAUUAAACCUUAAAUUCUUUCAUUUUCCCAAAUAAAAUUCAAAGAUAUAUAUAUAUAUAUAUAUAUAUAAUUUGUUUUAAUGCAUUGUAAUUGGUUGGAUUAAGUUUGAUGAAUAAUAACCACUGCAUUGUUUUAUUCCUGUCGGAUUCGACCAUACCUUUCAUCUCUCUAGGGCUUAAAAUGAAGUAACAGUAAAACACCAAGCCCAUUUCAAUCAAUUAACCCUCAACUUACAAAAUUGUGGCCUUGUGCAAAUGUAAGAUAUCAUAUUGUAAUAUAUUUCAGAACAUAACUGCGAACUAACAAUAAAUUUUAGGUCGCUAUGAUGAUAUAUUGUAACAUAUCUACACUUUGGUGUUUUAAAUAUAUCAACACU